CAUGCUUGCAACAUGCAUCUUCCAGUUUGCAUCGCUCACUCCACAGUUGUGUACACAGGCAAACUCAUUGGUCGGCGCGAAAUGUCACGAACGUCACUUAUUGUCAAAAUUAUCAGAGACGUGGAAAAAAACUGACAAUUGGCUGGACAGAGUCGACUUUUUAUCUGCCUCUGAACGCUUUUAUUCUUAUCGUAUAUUGUGUGACAUUCCAACGGGAGCAAUUCAGGUUUUGUUGUUUUGCCUCGCGACCACAGUUCAGUUCGAAGGCCGUCGUAAUGAUGCUUUUCACGGCAAUUACACGGUGCUGACAACUUCCACUUCUCCCUCGAUCUACGUGAGACAUGAAGAAUAAACUAAGGUGCGAAAACGAAAUUGCCACCACCGCAAACGAGUCUAACUACGAAGCAGCGAACAGCGAGACCCUGACUGGGGGAAGUGUGGUGCAAUGGGGCUCCGUGCCGAGCUCCAGAAAAUCGUUCGCAGUCUCCACUUUCACUUGGUCGCGAUCGGUUCAGUUUCAGUUGAUUCCAAAUCUGGUCGUCACGUUCGUUAGCGAAGCGAGGCGUUAAGUAGUUACUGAAUUAUUGCAUUGUUGAGUUAAAAGCGAGUUGCCCAAGUCCAGACUUGAUAUAUUCAAAUAUUGCGAAGUUUUGUGCUGAUUUGUUAAGUUAAUCGUGCGCGUCACAAACAAAACAUGACCGUGUUCGAAAAUUUGCGCGAGCGUUUGGUAAAAGCCCAGCAGGAUCACUUGCUGAAAUUCUGGGACGAGCUAUCUAUCGAGGAACAGCAACAGCUAUGCGAGGAUAUCAGUGAACUGAACUUCAAUGAGUUGAAAACCUACUACGAGCGUGCGACUGCAUGCCUGGAGGAGAACAGCGGCACCCUGGACGACAGGAUUCAACCGAUCCCGGACUCUAAGCUCGUCAGCAUCAGUCGCAGUUCAGAGAGCACGAUCGAGGAUUACCGUCAGGAGGGGUACCGGCAGAUAAGCGAGGGCCAUGUCGGAGUCCUGCUCAUGGCCGGAGGGCAAGGAACACGGCUCGGUUUCCCUCACCCCAAAGGAAUGUACGAUGUCGGACUACCAUCACACAAGUCACUAUUCCGUAUCCAAGCUGAGCGCAUCCUGAAACUUCAAGAGUUGGCUUACGAGACUACAGGCAAACACGGUUACAUCACGUGGUACAUAAUGACAUCCGAACACACUAUCGAGCCCACUUUGGACUACUUCAAGGCGAACAGCUUCUUCGGCUUGAAAAAGGAAAAUAUCAAAAUGUUUACACAAGGAUCAUUACCGUGUUUCGAAUUCGACGGAAAAAUCAUUUUAGAUCAGAAGCACAGAAUAGCUCGCGCUCCUGACGGCAAUGGAGGUAUCUACCGGGCUUUGCGAGACCAAGGAGUCUUAGAUGAUAUGGCACGCAGAGGAGUACUAUACCUGCAUGCCCAUAGCGUUGAUAAUAUUUUGACUAAAGUUGCUGACCCAGUUUUCAUUGGAUAUUGUGUUCAAGAGAAUGCCGAUUGUGCGGCUAAGGUUGUGGAAAAAUCACAUCCUAGCGAAGCUGUAGGAGUUGUUUGUGUCGUGGAUGGAAAAUAUCAAGUUGUAGAGUAUAGUGAAAUAUCAGCUAAAACUGCCGAAUUACGAAACUCAGACGGAAGACUGACAUUUAGCGCUGGAAAUAUAUGCAAUCAUUUCUUCACGGCCGCCUUCUUAAAUCGAAUCGGCUCCAUUUAUGAAAAGGAGCUCAAAUUGCAUGUUGCCAAGAAAAAGAUUCCAUUCGUCGACAAUUCAGGCAAACGUAUUACACCUGAGAAACCGAACGGUAUCAAGAUUGAGAAAUUCAUUUUUGAUGUGUUCGAAUUUGCACAGAAAUUUGUUGCCAUGGAGGUGCCGCGUGAUGAAGAGUUUAGCGCAUUGAAAAAUAACGAUAGUGUUGGCAAGGAUUGUCCAUUGACUAGUCGACGAGAUCUAUUCCGUUUGCAUAAGAAGUAUAUCGAGAAUGCUGGAGGCAUUGUGCAUGGUGAUGUUUGUGAGAUUUCACCAUUCCUUACAUAUGCAGGUGAAAAUUUAGAGAGUUUAGUUCGAGGUAAAUCAUUCACGAGUCCUGUGUAUUUGCGAAGCAAUCAGGAUCCAAUGAAUGGUCAUCUAUAGAGUGGAGAGGGGUUGGUUCCUUAUUAAAUUAGAUGAUGACUGCGAGUGUUAUGCAUUAUGGUUAAGAGUUUAUUAGGAUUGCUGUUGUUUGUUUCAUUUCAAAUUUGUUUGGAAGGGGUCUGAAUGCAAUUCAUUCGAUGAUUUCUCCUGAGAUACGGAUAAAAGUAUUCAUUAAUCUAAAACUUCUAUCGAAUUGACGGCAUGAUAAGGAUUUUAUAGCACAUAAUCACGUUGCAUUGCUGCUUGUACUGCGUUUUCGCGUGCACAUCCUGCUCGCAGUCGUUAAACUUAUGCAUUGCCCUUAGAGUAGUUUCAGUGAAGUCCCCAUUUGUGUCACCGUAAAUAACGUACAAGCACCUCUUGGACGACAAAUGCAUUCAAUUCAAUUCAACCCCGGCGAGAAAUCACUAUCGUAAAGAUCAGAGCGAUCAUAAAUCACUCCUGAUGUUGAUUUGAAUAGAAUAGGCCUUGGACAUAGAAUUGCAGAUUCUCUCAGCAGAAUUGAAAUGGAACAAAUAAUGGUUGGCUGUAAAUGAUAGAUUGUUUUAGUCCACCUUUGAGAUUAUUCUUUUGUCUAUAUGCCACUUGGACGUGUAUGUAUAUUUAGCAAAUAGAAUCCUCUCUUUAUUUUCGCUUCUGUACAUUUUACGCUCGAUAUAUGAAAUAUGAUUCCAUUAUGAGCUAAGUGAUGUUUUCUUUUUCCUUAAAUAAACUUAGAAGACUUCUCGGUCGCAUGUGAAUUUAUUCACAACUAUAUAAUAUUAUUGUAUUUGUAAAUUAUUAUUAUUACUUUAUAAUUGUAAAUUGGUUAGAAGAAAUGAUAAAAAAAAUGAAUAAUCAUUCGUCAGAGAAGUUGCCUAUAUUUGAUAAGAAACAAUUGUAUUAUUGAAAGUUGAUCGUUCAAUUCGGACUCUUUUUCGAUGACUCAAAAUUGUAUAAAUUCGAUUGUUACUAGAUAUGUUAGAGGAAAAUUAUAUAAUAUUAUUUCAAUUUAUGCAUUCACAUAAAUUUGUUGUUUCCACUAAUAAUUCUGCUUAAUUUAAAACAACGCUGUGAUGCUCCUUGUUAAUAUGUUCAAUCUACCCUUACACUACGCUCAGAAAAAGCCGCUUUCCUUUAAAGACCUAACGUUAUAUUGCUGGCCACUCUUUGCUAUUCUUCAUUAAUAGUUGGUGGAGGGUUAAAUCGUAUAAUCUCGUUUUAAGGUUCGCUGAUAUUUGCACAUAUAAGAAACAUCGAAAUGGAGCCACUGUUCCCUUCGGAUUUAAUCUCAUUUUCUAUCCAUAAACAUCGUUAAGUUUCUGUAGAGCAAAAUAUCUCUUCCAACUGUUUCUUCCUUAAUAAUGGCAAUAUAUCGGGGCUCAAACAUAUCCUCUCUUUACAGGCCCUCUGAAAUACUUUUCCACUGCCCUCUCAGUUACAAAUUGACACAGUUUAAGAAUUUCUGCUUAGAUUCCAACAAAAUAUGAUUUUAUAGCCUUUCAUUCUGAUUUAACAACUUCUGGCAACUUUCCAACCUUAGUAUUUUCCCAGGGCAGUAGCCUCUAUACUCGCCACCCUUCUUUCAUAAAAUAACUCUCUUCUGCACCACUAUGUGUUGAUUUUCAUAUUUUCAAAUGUAGGCAAUUUCCAUGCCAACAACAUAAAGUGCAAUUUAACAAAACAACAAAGUAUAGUCACUCGUUUUUUGUGUAAUAUCAAAAUAGAUAUUUGUUUUAUAUUGUGUUGUCUCCAUAGUGUUAAAAUGGACGAUGGGAUAUCGAUAGUAACUUAUCAUUAUAUCAUGAAACGCUAUAUGGAAAAAUAAGUCG